CUCUGCCCCAGAGCGACAUCCAGGUCUCGGAGCGGAGCCUGCCGGCCGCCAGCUCAACUUUUCCCUUGCCUUUCCCGGCUCCGGGCAUCGUUUGCGCAUCCCGGUGCCUGGUGCCUGCGCUCCGGGGCGGCCGGGAAGAUGAUGAUGAUGUCCCUGAACAGCAAGCAGGCUUUCAGCAUGCCUCACGGCGGCAGCCUGCACGUUGAGCCCAAAUAUUCGGCGCUGCACUCCGCUUCUCCCUGUACCUCCUCUUCCGCCGCACCCUCGUCCAGUUCCCCCAGCAAUACUAGUAGCGGGGGCGGCGGCGGAGGCAGCGGGGGCCGGAGCAGCAGUAGCGGCAGCAGCGGCAGCAGCGGCGGAGGCGGCGGCGGCGGCGGAGGCAGCGGGGGCGGCGGAGGUUCCGAGGCGAUGAGGCGAGCGUGUCUUCCCACCCCACCGAGCAACAUCUUCGGUGGUCUGGAUGAGAGCUUGCUGGCCCGCGCGGAAGCUCUGGCGGCCGUGGAUAUCGUCUCGCAGACCAAAAGCCACCAUCACCACGCGCCCCAUCACAGUCCCUUCAAGCCGGACGCUACCUACCACACCAUGAACACCAUCCCGUGCACCUCCUCCGCGUCGUCGUCCUCCGUGCCCAUCUCGCACCCUUCUGCCCUGUCCGGCACCCACCACCACCAUCACCAUCACCACCACCACCACCACCAACCGCACCAGGCGCUGGAGGGAGAGCUCUUGGAUCACAUCACGCCGGGGCUGGCCCUGGGCGCUAUGACGGGGCCCGACGGUUCUGUGGUGUCCACGCCGGCCCACGCCCCGCACAUGGCCACCAUGAAUCCUAUGCACCAGGCGGCUCUCAGCAUGGCCCACGCACACGGGCUCCCUUCGCACAUGGGCUGCAUGAGCGACGUGGACGCCGACCCGCGGGACUUGGAAGCGUUCGCCGAGCGCUUCAAGCAGCGGCGCAUCAAGCUGGGGGUGACCCAAGCGGACGUGGGCUCCGCUCUGGCCAACCUUAAGAUCCCCGGCGUGGGCUCUCUGAGCCAGAGCACCAUAUGUAGGUUUGAGUCCCUCACUCUAUCCCACAACAACAUGAUCGCUCUCAAACCCAUCCUGCAGGCUUGGCUCGAAGAAGCCGAGAAGUCCCACCGAGAAAAGCUCACCAAACCCGAGCUAUUCAAUGGGGCCGAGAAGAAGAGGAAGCGCACGUCCAUCGCCGCUCCCGAGAAGCGUUCCCUUGAAGCCUAUUUCGCCAUCCAGCCUCGCCCCUCCUCUGAGAAAAUUGCCGCCAUUGCAGAGAAACUCGACCUUAAGAAAAAUGUGGUGCGGGUUUGGUUCUGCAACCAGAGGCAGAAACAGAAAAGGAUGAAAUAUUCGGCUGGGAUCUGAAAGGCCCUCCAUCUCUCUUGGGACUUUUACCCUUUCUCCGAUCUCAAUUUCGUCCUCUCUCCACCUAUUUCUCCUCAUCUUUUCCCUCUUUACUUGUCCAUAAGAAAUUAUUUCAGUGUCUGAUUCCACCAGAGAGAGAAAAUGAGAAAGCUAUUGAAGAAGCCUGG